UCCAUCUUAUUGGUUACUCCAUUUCAGAAGACUCAGAAGAAAGUCUUACAUUCGCUUGGCGCUGCUCUUUUGAAACACCCAUAACGCGAUCCCAUAACGCCCUACUUUUGCUACCGAAAUAUACUACCGCUGCUUCAAUCAUUUUUGGGGACCACAUCGACGGGACUAGUAGUAGCCUGCUCCAUCUUAUCUCCUUUUGACGAAUUUCGAUAUUCGAUCUUGCUUCAGGGAAUCCCCAGCUUGGAAUACUACUGAUACAUGCCAUCCUGGACUGGGCAGUGAUUCUCGUCUGCUACACGCCCGCUUGAAUCUUCCGCCUUCCUAUUCCACGCCUACCUAUCCCUCUCUUCAUUCCUCUCCUCCUCCUACUACUCUUUUUUCCUUCACACCUACACGACUUAUAUCCUACAACCACCGCCCACAAUGAUACCCUCAUCCGUGAUCUCGCUGCUCUUCGCCGCCCUGACCAUCUCGUCCACCGCCGCCUCGCCAACCGCCCGCUUCAGCCGCCUCGGGCGAGACAAGACGCCCAAAUACUUCAUCGAGCCCGGCGGCAGCCUCGCGCUGGGCCACUACGACAAGCGCUACUUCAAGGCCGAGAUCCCUUACGGCGAGCACCGCGACGUGCUGCGCCAGCUAAUCCGCAGCUACCUCACCACGCUGCACGAGCACGGCGUCGAGACAUGGCUCGCCCACGGCACGCUGCUGGGCUGGUGGUGGAACGGCCAGAUCAUGCCGUGGGACUACGACCUGGACGUGCAGGUGUCCAACAACACCAUGACGUGGCUCGGCGAGAACAUGAACCGCACCGAGCACACCCACGUCUUUGACGGCGUCUCCAAGACGUACCUGCUCGACAUCAACCCGCACCACGUCGACCUCGACCGCGGCGACGGCAUGAACAUCAUCGACGCGCGCUGGAUCGACACCACCAACGGCAUGUUCAUCGACAUCACCGGCGUGCGCGAGCGCGAGGCCGACCGCCCGGGCGUCUGGAGCUGCAAGAACAAGCACCGCUACGGCAGCCAGGACCUGUGGCCCAUGCGCGUCACCGAGUUUGAGGGCGUCAAGGCGCGCAUCCCCUACAACUUUGAGCAGAUCCUGCGCGACGAGUACGGCGACAAGAGCUUGGUCGUCGAGGAAUUCCAAGGUCACCGUUGGGAUCACGACAUUAGCGAAUGGGUCAAAAUGUCCGACGAAGAGGUCAACCAGCGCAAAGAAGAAGAGGAGGCCAGGAAAAAGGAAGAGGAAGAGAAGAAGAAGCAAGGCUAAGAAGGACUAGAGAGAAUCUUCUUUCUUUGAAAUUCUUGCCAUGCAGCCUUUUUUUUUUCUUGGACAAAAUGGCUUCUUUUUUUGUAUACCUUGUUUUCCUCCUCUUUUCUUUAAUCCUUGGUAUAUUCCCUCUACACAUCAUGUUUUCAUUGGAACACAAAAGCGGAAAGAGCAUCGCGGGCGUUUGUUUUUUAUAAUGGCGGGUUUUGAUUUUAUUACCACCUUUU